AUGAUUCCAUCGAAAGGUUCUAUCAAAUACGCUGAGCUGGCCGAUAAGUUGUCAGCGGAUGAGCCUCUUGUCCGAAGGCUAGCUUGGGUACUUGUUUCCGGUGGACUAUUGCGCCAGAUUGAAGGAGACAAGAUUGCACAUACAGACAAGUCGCGCCAAUAUCUUCCUGGGAUGCCCAAUGAGGUCUUGCUACACAUGAUGUUCGAGGAGCAUGUAGUCACGGCUAUGGGGCUCCCCAAGUACUUCGAAGAGUACGGCCGCCGCGAGCCGGCUACUCGCCGCCAUACGCCUUAUGCCUUUUCCCAUGGUCAGCCCGAAAAGGAAGUUUGGGAAAUUCACCAAGAGAACCCUGCGCAGGUGAAAAGAUUCAUGGAAGUUAUGGAGAUGGUGCAGCAAUUCAUUCCUUUAGCUGGCAUCUAUGACUUUGGCUGGGUGGAGACGAAGCUCUCCGAGCAGCACGACAGACCGAUUCUUGUAGAUGUGGGUGGCAGCAAGGGCCAUGCUAUCAAGGCGAUCAUGAAGGAGAACCCUUUCCUUCCAGCCGAUCGCAUCAUUCUUCAGGACAGAGAUGAGGUGAUUGAACAGGUUGCCGAACUCAAAGAUCCCGGGCUCGAUGGAGUACAGCUGCAAGUACACGAUUUCCACAAAGCGCAGCCUGUCAAAGACGCACUGAUUUAUUGGAUCCGGCGAUGUCUGCACGACUAUGGAGACGAUGACUGCGCCACGAUGCUCACGCAGUUAUCGGAUACCAUGAGUUCGGACAGCAAGGUACUCAUCGUUGAAUACGUCCUUCCGAGCCCUCCCCCGCCUAUUGGCGCCAUGACCGACUUCAGCAUGCUCGGAAUUGGGGGAAAGGAACGAACAGCCAAAGACUGGGAAGUACUUGUUGCUAGAUCUGGGCUCAAAAUCGAGAAGAUUCAUGGCCUGGACAUGAAGAUGCAAGUCAUUGAAUGUGUCAAGGCUUGA